GAUCCCCCGGUAGCGGAAGCAGAUUUCUAAGACCGGAAGCGAGUGUGCGGCAAGCAUGGCGUCGGCGGUGCUUGCGCUAAGGACGCGGGCGGCUGUUACAGCCCUGCUGAGCCCCCCUCAGGCUGCGUCUCUUGCCGUCAGAUACGCAUCCAAGAAGACAGGUGGCAGCUCCAAAAACCUGGGCGGAAAGUCACCAGGCAAACGCUUUGGCCUCAAGAAAAUGGAGGGUCACUACGUUCAUGCUGGCAACAUCAUUGCGACUCAGCGCCACUUCCGUUGGCACCCAGGCGCCCAUGUGGGGCUGGGGAAGAAGAAGUACCUGUAUGCCCUGGAGGAGGGGGUCGUCCACUACACUAAGGAGGUCUACGUGCCCAGUCCCAGCAACGCGGAGGCUGUGGAUCUGGUCACCAGGCUGCCCCAGGGUGCCGUGCUCUACAAGACUUUUGUCCACGUGGUUCCUGCCAAGCCGGAGGGCACCUUCAGACUGGUAGCUAUGCUUUGAACUCCUGGCUGAGGCCACCGGACGGAGCCUGGAGCCCAGGUGACAGGAGAGGGUGGCAGCCGCAGAAGUCGAGGGUCGGGACGACAGGGCCUCCUGAGGAAGUCUGCUUGGCUGUGACUGCGGAAGACUCUGAAGUGACUGGCUGGGAAGACCCAACCUGGGGCCAGAAGUAAAGUUUGCUGGAGUCAUGA